AACAUGGCGCCCCCCAUGAAGCCGUCCAGCCCAGCAAACUUUCUGUGCGUAAUGUUUAACAUCUCAUAGAGCAUCCCCUUAUAGGCAGGAUGGAUACCGAAAAGACAUUCUCGCAAUGGAAAAAACAGUGUCUGAGCAAGGUGGACUACAGUAAGAAGGGGAGUGUCGACGAGGGCAUCGCUCAAGUUGUGGGGUUUUUAAACGAAUACCCGGAUUAUUUCACCACCAGCUCCUGUUCCGGGAGACUCAUUCUGAUCGACGGGGUCUCCGACAGUCCCGAAGUGCAGAAAAGAAACUGUUCCUGGCUCUUUGCCACCCAUCAGAAAUGUCGGAAGGAAGAUUUGGUGUCGGGGCUGGAGAAGGCUGGUGCCGAUGCCGUGUUCAAAUUUGAGCCGUUCGUGCUUCAUGUGCAGUGCAGGCGGUUGGGAGACGCUCAGCUCCUGCACUCAGUAGCAGUUAACUCAGGUUUCAGGAACUCGGGCAUUACUGUUGGCAAGAGAGGAAAAAUAAUUAUGGCUGUUCGCAGCACACAUGGCCUCGAAGUCCCCCUGAGCCGUAAGGGACAGACCCUAGUGAAGGAAGAGUACCUUGACUUCUUGGUUGAGGUAGCCAAUCAGAAAAUGGAGGAAAACCAGAGAAGAAUUGAAAGGUUUUACAGCUCCCUGCAGUCUGCUGUGAGAGCAGACAGUUCUGCUGACCGGAGCACAGGUCUCACUCAGGACAAAUCUGUGAGCACCAGAAAAAAGAAGUCGGCACAGGAAUGUUCAAGAGAAGCCACUGCCCAGGAUCUGGAGGAUGUGAUCCUGCUUAAUGGGGACAAUGGGCUGGAGGAUGGACUACAUUUGUUCAUGUAGACAUUUUGUUUUUGGCCUGUCAUUUGGUCUCUGCUAAGAAAAUGCUCAAACUGAUUCACAAGAAGCAUUGAGCCUUGUCUUUUGGGGAGUUUUGGGUCAAAAGGCUUAAAUCCUGUUGAAUGCAGGGUGGACUUUGACCUCCUUCUUAGGUCAAUUAUUUGGACAGUCGGGGAGAAAAUAUUAGGUAGGGCUCUCAUGCAAAGGACAUUUCAUUUGCUGGAAGUUAUUUACCAUUGCUAAACAAACACUGAAACAGAACCCUUUGAUUUUAAUAGCCUUAAUUUAUUGCUGUAUUGGACCUGUAAGAAAUAAAAUUAUUUUCCCCUGAUUGCAACAAAUAAGAGACAGAAAUUA